AUGGGUACCCUGCAUCCGAAUUCAAUAACAGCCCAUCAAGGAGGAGAGGAAGAAGAAGUGGGUUUUUAUUCAUCACAAGCAACCGAUCAGCAGGGACUAAAGAACCCCCAACUUGAUGCCGGAGCUCUCUUCGUUCUCAAGUCUAAAGGAUCAUGGAUGCACUGUGGAUACCAUUUGACGAGUUCGAUAGUAGCUCCGGCACUGCUGAGCUUACCUUAUGCCUUCGUAUCGUUGGGAUGGAUAGGUGGAAUGGUGUUUCUUUGCGUGGGUGCGGCCAUCACUUUUCACUCUUACAACCUCCUCUCUUUGGUUCUUGAACACCAUGCCCACUUGGGUCGCCGACAACUACGCUUCAAAGACAUGGCCAAUGACAUUUUAGGGCCAGGAUGGGGUAGAUAUUUUGUGGGGCCUCUUCAAUUUGCACCCUGCUAUGGUGCCGUUGUUGGUUCUUCUCUUCUUGGGGGUCAGUGCAUGAAGACAAUAUACUUGCUAUCAACACCAGAUGGGACCAUGAAGCUUUACGAAUUCAUAACCAUAUUUGGAUGUUUUAUGCUGAUCUUAGCUCAAAUCCCAUCUUUCCACUCUCUAAGGCACAUCAAUUUUGUUUCCUUGGUUCUUUGUCUUGGUUACAGUAUUUGCACCACAGCAGGUGCUAUCUAUGUAGGAAGUACAUCCAAGGGACCUCCCAAAGACUAUUCCAUUCUCGGCGAUAAAACAAGUCAGGUCUUCAAUUUCUUCAGUGCAAUCGCCAUCAUCGCCACCACAUAUGGGAGUGGGAUCAUUCCAGAGAUUCAGGCAACCUUAGCACCUCGGUGAAAGGGAAGAUGUUCAAGGGACUACUAAUUUGCCACACAGUAGUUUUGAUUACUUUCUUUAGUGUUUCCAU